CUUUAAGCCGGUGCGGAAGUAUGUCUGCUUGUUGACAACAAGUGUGACACAGACGGUGUCAUGAUCCAGAGUGUUCAGUUCAAGUUCAGUGAUUAGAAUAUAAGCAGUCAGUGCUAGGUUCAGCUCUCGUCUUGCACACCUAUACGGUACUAACAAUAAUCGUGUUUUAAUCACUGACAUAUUUUGACAAGUCACUGACAUAUUUGACAACUACAAGACCGAUUUUAAUCCUAGGUACUUUAGCUAACGCUAACAAGUGUAGUACCGGCUCAUUUUUGGACACUAACUGACAGCUUUUUCUAUGGCAGUGUCUAAAUGCUGUCACCUUAGCGGUCCACUGAUCAAACAACUGCUAGACAGCGUGGAUAACGUAGUCUUUGACUGUGACGGUGUCAUCUGGCGAGGAAAACAAGUGGUUCCAGGUGCACCGGACGUAAUUAAUCUACUCAAGAAAAAUGGAAAAGGCGUAUAUUUCGUUACCAACAACAGUACCAAAACUAGAAAGAUGUGCGCAGAUAAAUUGAUACUGAUGGGAUUCAACGUGACCGAGGAUGUAGUCUUCGGGACUUCAUACUGCUUGGCAAUGUAUCUAAAAACCGUCUGCAAGCUCGAUGGAAAAGUUUACCUUAUAGGUAGCAAUGCCAUGAAACACGAACUGGAGAAGGUUGGUAUCAGUCAGACCGGCGUGGGGCCCGACCCAAUAUCUGGAAACGAUCUAGACUGGGCCAACGUUCCCCUAGAUCCUGAUGUGAAAGCAGUGGUGGUGGGCUUUGACGAGCACUUCAGCUUUACGAAGCUGAACAAGGCCAUGCAGUAUCUCAGCAACCCUGCCUGUCUACUGGUAGGAACCAACAGGGAUACCAGACUACCCUUGGAGGGUGGGAAGCUUGUGCCAGCAACCGGCUGUCUCCUGAAGGCAGUAGAAACAGCUGCCCAGCGCCAGGCCCAAAUCGUGGGGAAACCCAACCACUUCAUGUUUGACUGCGUGGCCCAGCAGUUUAGCCCGGGUCGGGACCGCUGUCUGAUGGUGGGGGACCGGCUGGACACGGACAUCCAGCUGGGCUCCAACUGCGGCAUGAAGACCCUGCUCACCCUGACGGGGGUCGGCACCGUGGCCGACGCCCAGGCCCAUCUGGAGAGCGGCAGCCAGGAGAGGCAGGGCAUGGUGCCUGACUACUAUAUAGACACUAUAGCCGAGUUCCUCCCAGCUCUGCAGGGAUAG